UGCUGACAACGCUAGGAUGGCCAAAAAAAGCCCAGAGGGUUCGUGGAGUUCUGGGAGGAGAGGGGGUUUGGUGUGGAAGCAGCAGAAAUGGCCAGCAAAGUGUUGGAUCUGUUAUACUGGCGAGAUGUGGGGACCACCGGGCUGGUGUUUACUGGUUUGGUUGUGGGUUUGGCUUGUUUGUUCCAGCUCAGUGCCAUCACGGUCCUGUCUAACCUCGGUUUGGGCAUUAUGGCCUUCACCCUCCCUGUACGCUUCCUUUACAAAGCUUCGACACUUGUCCGCCUCAGCGAUGGAUCUCAUCCCUUCCAGUCAUAUUUGGAUGAGGACCGCACGCUGACAGAUGAGGACACAGUCCGCAUGGCGGAACAAACCGUUCUGCUGAUUGCUACGGCUGUCACCGAGAUAAAGAGGCUGUUCUUCAUCGAUAGCAUCAUGGACUCAGUGAAGUUUGUUGUGUUCCUGUAUUUGUUGACAUAUGUGGGGGUCCAAGCUAAUGGUCUCACGCUGGUGAUGACCGGUGUGAUAUGUGCCUUCUCUCUGCCACUGUUAUACAGACUUCAAAAGGGGAGGAUUGACAAGAUUGUUAAAGCAAUCAAAAAACUUGUGGAUAAAAUCACAGAAAUAGUUGAUCUUGUGGUUUCCCUGGCCAAACCUUCACCAGCCCAAGCACCUUCCCCUACCCCCACACCAAAAAAUAAGCAGAAGACUAAAUGAAGAGGAGGGAGAGAGAAAUGUGGAGUACACUGAACAAAGAAAGUCUUACGUUGCAACUGCAGCCCUGCGUGUU